AUGCUUUCUUCUUUCCUCUAUCCCCCCCUUUUGCCUUCAAUCUAUGUAUGUUAUGCCUUCUUUUCCUCUAUCCCCCCACCUUUGCCUUCAAUCUAUGUAUGUUAUGCCUUCUUUUCCUCUAUCCCCCCUUUUUGCCUUCAAUCUAUGUAUGUUAUGCCUUCUUUUCCUCUAUCCCCACCUUUUGCCUUCAAUCUAUGUAUGUUAUGCCUUCUUUUCCUCUAUCCCCCUUUUUUGCCUUCAAUCUAUGUAUGUUAUGCCUUCUUUUCCUCUAUCCCCACCUUUUUGCCUUCAAUCUAUGUAUGUUAUGCCUUCUUUUCCUCUAUCCCCCACCUUUUUGCCUUUCCAAUCUAUAUAUGUUAUGCCUUCUUUUCCUCUAUCCCCCCUUUUGCCUUCAAUCUAUGUAUGUUAUGCCUUCUUUUUCCUCUAUCCCCCACCUUUUGCCUUCUAUGUAUCUUAUGCCUUCUUUUUCCUCUUCUUUUUUGCCUUCAAUCUAUCCCCUCUAUCCCCACCUUUUGCCUUCAAUCUUUUUAUGCCUUUCCUCUAUCUUUUGCCUUCAAUCUAUGUAUUUAUGCCUUUUCCUCUAUCCCCACCUUUUGCCUUCAAUCUAUGUAUGUUAUGCCUUCUUUUCCUCUAUCCCCACCUUUUGCCUUCAAUCUAUGUAUGUUUUCCUCUAUGCCUUCAAUUCCUCUAUCCCCACCUUUUUGCCUUCAAUCUAUGUAUGUUUUUCCUCUAUGCCUUCUUUUCUUUUCCUCUAUCCCCCCCUUUUGCCUUCAAUCUAUGUAUGUUAUGCCUUCUUUUCCUCUAUCCCCACCUUUUGCCUUCAAUCUAUGUAUGUUAUGCCUUCUUUUCCUCUAUCCCCACCUUUUGCCUUCAAUCUAUGUAUGUUAUGCCUUCUUUUCCUGUAAACCCACCUCUUGCUUUAAUCUAUGUAUGUUAUGCCUUCUUUUCCCCCACCUUUUGCCUUAUCCCCUUCUUUUUCUCUUCCCCCUUCAAUCUAUGUAUGUUAUGCCUUCUUUUCCUCUAUCCCCACCUUUUGCCUUCAAUCUAUGUAUGUUAUGCCUUCUUUUUCCUCUAUCCCCACCUUUUGCCUUCAAUCUAUGUAUGUUAUGCUUUCUUUUCCUCUAUCCCCACCUUUUGCCUUCAAUCUAUGUAUGUUAUGCCUUCUUUCCUCUUUCCCCCCCCUUUGCCUUCAAUCUAUGUAUGUUAUGCUUUCUUUUCCUCUAUACCCCCCUCUUGCCUUUAAUCUAUGUAUGUUAUGCCUUCUUUUCCUCUAUCCCCACCUUUUGCCUUCAAUCUAUGUAUGUUAUGCCUUCUUUUCCUCUAUCCCCACCUUUUGCCUUCAAUCUAUGUUCAAUCUAUGUAUGUUAUGCCUUCUUUUCCUCUAUCCCCCUUUUGCCUUCCUUUCAAUCUAUGUAUGUUUCUUUUCUCUUCUUUUCUAUAUGUUAUACUUUCUUUUCCUCUAUCCCCCACCUUUUGCCUUCAAUCUAUGUAUGUUAUGCCUUCUUUUCCUCUAUCCCCACCUUUUGCCUUCAAUCUAUGUAUGUUAUGCCUUCUUUUCCUCUAUCCCCACCUUUUGCCUUCAAUCUAUGUAUGUUAUGCCUUCUUUCCUCUAUCCCCACCUUUUGCCUUCUUUGUAUGUUAUGCCUUCUUUUCCUCUAUCCCCACCUUUUGCCUUCAAUCUAUGUAUGUUAUGCCUUCUUUUCCUCUAUCCCCACAUUUUUGCCUUCAAUCUAUGUAUGUUAUGCCUUCUUUUCCUCUAUCCCCCCUUUUGCCUUCAAUCUAUGUAUGUUAUGCCUUCUUUUCCUCUAUCCCCCCACCUUUUGCCUUCAAUCUAUGUAUGUUAUGCCUUCUUUUCCUCUAUCCCCACCUUUUGCCUUCAAUCUAUGUAUCCCCCCUUUUUUUGCCUUAUGCCUUCUUUUUUCCUCUAUCCCCCACCUUUUGCCUUCAAUCUAUGUAUGUUAUGCCUUCUUUUCUGCCCCACCUUGCUUCAAUCUAUGUAUGUUAUGCCUUCUUUCCUCUAUCCCCUUUUGCCUUCAAUCUAUGUAUAUGUAUGCCUUCUUUUCCUCUAUCCCACCUUUUGCCUUCAAUCUAUGUAUGUUAUGCCUUCUUUUCCUCUAUCCCCACCUUUUUUUGCCUUCAAUCUAUGUAUGUUAUGCCUUCUCUUCCUUUUCCUCUAUCCCCCCCCUUUUGCCUUCAAUCUAUGUAUGUUAUGCUUUCUUUUCCUCUAUCCCCCCUUUUGCCUUUUUUAUACUUUCUUUUCUCUAUCCUUCAAUCUAUUUAUGUUAUGCCUUCUUUUCCUCUAUCCCCAUCUUUUGCCUUCAAUCUAUGUAUGUUAUGCCUUCUUUUCCUCUAUCUCCCCACCUUUUGCCUUCAAUCUAUGUAUGUUAUGCCUUCUUUUCCUCUAUCCCCACCUUUUGCCUUCAAUCUAUUUAUGUUAUGCCUUCUUUUUCCUCUAUCCCCACCUUUUGCCUUCAAUCUAUGUUAUGCCUUCUUUUCCUAUCCCCCUUUUCCUUCAUCUAUCCUUUUCCUCUAUCCCCUUUUUUGCCUUCAAUCUAUGUAUGUUAUGCCUUCUUUUCCUCUAUCCCCCCCACCUUUUGCCUUCAAUCUAUGUAUGUUAUGCCUUCUUUUCCUCUAUCCCCACCUUUUGCCUUCAAUCUAUAUAUGUUAUGCCUUCUUUUCCUCUAUCCCCACAUUUUGCCUUCAAUCUAUGUAUGUUAUGCCUUCUUUUCCUCUAUCCCCACCUUUUGCCUUCAAUCUAUGUAUGUUAUGCCUUCUUUUCCUCUAUCCCCACCUUUUGCCUUCAAUCUAUGUAUGUUAUGCUUUCUUUUCCUCUAUCCCCACCUUUUGCCUUCAAUCUAUGUAUGUUAUGCCUUCUUUUCCUCUAUCCCCACCUUUUGCCUUCAAUCUAUGUAUGUUAUGCCUUUUUUCCUCUAUCCCCACCUUUUGCCUUCAAUCUAUGUAUGUUAUGCCUUCUUUUCCUCUAUCCCCACCUUUUUAUGCCUUCUUUCCUCUAUCCCCCCCUUUUGCCUUCAAUCUAUGUAUGUUAUGCCUUCUUUUCCUCUAUCCCCACCUUUUGCCUUCAAUCUAUGUAUGCCUUCUUUCUAUUUUGUUCAUGUUGUUAUGCCUUCUUUUCCUCUAUCCCCCUCUACCUUUUGCCUUCAAUCUAUGUAUGUUAUGCCUUCUUUUCCUCUAUCCCCUUUUUGCCUUCAAUCUAUGUAUGUUUUUUCUUUUCCUCUAUCCCCCACCUUUUGCCUUCAAUCUAUGUAUGUUAUGCCUUCUUUUCCUCUAUCCCCCCCUUUUGCCUUCAAUCUAUAUGUUAUGCCUUCUUUUCCUCUAUCCCCCCACUUCUUUUAUGUUAUGCCUUCUUUUCCUCUAUAUGCCUUCAAUCUAUUAUUAUGCCUUCUUUUCCUCUAUCCCCCCUUUUGCCUUCAAUCUAUGUAUGUUAUGCCUUCCCACCUUUUCCUUCUCUAUCCCCUCUAUCCCCACCUUUUGCCUUCAAUCUAUGUAUGUUAUGCCUUCUUUUCCUCUAUCCCCACCUUUUGCCUUCAAUCUAUAUGUUGUGUUCUUUUCCUCUAUAUUUUGCCUUCUUUUAUCCUCCUAUCCCCCCCUUUUUGCCUUCAAUCUAUAUGUUAUGCCUUCUUUUCUUUCCCCCCACCCUUCAAUCUAUCCCCCCCCCCACCUUUUGCCUUCAAUCUAUGUAUGUUAUCCCCACCUUUUGCCUUUUUUCCUCUAUCCCCACCUUUUGCCUUCAAUCUAUGUAUGUUAUGCCUUCUUUUCCUCUAUCCCCCCCCACCUUUUGCCUUCAAUCUAUGUAUGUUAUGCCUUCUUUUCCUCUAUCCCCCCUUUUGCCUUCAAUCUAUGUAUGUUAUGCCUUCUUUUCCUCUAUCCCCUUUUUUCUAUGUUCAAUCUAUCUUUUUUGUUAUGCCUUCUUUCCUCUAUCCCCCCCCCUUUUGCCUUCAAUCUAUGUAUGUUAUGCCUUCUUUUCCUCUAUCCCCACCUUUUGCCUUCAAUCUAUGUAUGUUAUGCCUUCUUCUUUUCCUUCAAUCCCCCCUUUUUUCCUCUAUCCCCCCACCUCUAUGUAUGUUAUGCCUUCUUUUCCUCUAUCCCCCUCUACCUUUUGCCUUCAAUCUAUGUAUGUUAUGCCUUCUUUUCCUCUAUCCCCUCUAUCCCCACCUUUUGCCUUCAAUCUAUGUAUUAUGUUUCUUUUCUCUAUCCCCACCUUUUGCCUUCUAUUUCCUUUCCUCUAUCCCCACCUUUUGCCUUCAAUCUAUGUAUGUUAUGCCUUCUUUUCUUAUCCCCACCUUUUGCCUUCAAUCUAUGUAUGUUUCUUUUCCUCUAUCCCCCACCUUUUGCCUCUAUCCUUUUCAUCUACCCCCACAUUUGCCUUCAAUCUAUGUAUGUUAUGCCUUCUUUUCCUCUAUCCCCCACCUUUUUGCCUUCAAUCUAUGUAUGUUAUGCCUUCUUUUCCUCUAUCCCCACCUUUUGCCUUCAAUCUAUGUAUGUUAUACCUUCUUUUCCUCUAUUCUUUUUAAUCUAUGUAUGUUAUGCCUUCUUUUUCUAUCCCCACUUUUUGCCUUCAAUCUAUGUAUGUUAUACCUUCUUUCCUCUCUCUCCCCCCUUUUGCCUUCAAUCUAUGUAUGUUAUGCCUUCUUUUCCUCUAUCCCCACCUUUUGCCUUCAAUCUAUGUAUGUUAUGCCUUCUUUUCCUCUAUCCCCACCUUUUUGCCUUCAAUCUAUGUAUGUUAUGCCUUCUUUUCCUCUAUCCCCCACCUUUUGCCUUCAAUCUAUGUAUGUUAUGCCUUCUUUUCCUCUAUCCCCCCCUUUUUGCCUUCAAUCUAUGUAUGUUAUACCUUUUUCCUCUAUCCCCACCCUUUUGCCUUCAAUCUAUGUAUGUUAUGCCUUUCUUUUCCUCUCUCCCCUUUUGCCUUCAAUCUAUUAUGUUAUGCCUUCUUUCCUCUAUCCCCACCUUUUGCCUUCAAUCUAUGUAUGUUAUACCUUCUUUUCCUCUAUCCCCACCUUUUUGCCUUCAAUCUCUGUAUUAUGCCUUAUCUAUCCCCACCUUUUGCCUUCUUUUCCUUCUUUUCCUCCCCCCACCUUUUGCCUUCAAUCUAUGUAUGUUAUGCCUUCUUUUCCUCUAUUUUUGCCUUCAAUCUAUAUAUUUAUGCUUUCUUUUCCUCUAUCCCCACCUUUUGCCUUCAAUCUAUGUAUGUUAUGCCUUCUUUUCCUCUAUCCCCACCUUUUGCCUUCAAUCUAUGUAUUUAUGCUUUCUUUCCUCUUUCCCCCCCCUUUCCCCAAUCUAUGUUUUAUGCCUUCUUUCUUCUAUCCCCCUUUUGCCUUCAAUCUAUGUAUGUUAUUAUGCCUUCUUUUCCUCUAUUCCUCAUUACCUUUUGCCUUCAAUCUAUGUAUGUUCUUUUCCUCUAUCCCCCUUUUGCCUCUCUUUAUAUUUAUACCUUCUUUUCCUCCCCACCUUUUGCCUUCAAUCUAUGUAUGUUAUAUCUUCUUUUCCUCUAUCCCCCCCCUUUUGCCUUCAAUCUAUGUAUGUUAUUUCUUUUCCUCUAUCCCCCCUUUUCACCUCUAUCUAUGUUAUGCCCCUUUUCCUCUAUCCCCACCUUUUGCCUUCAAUCUAUGUAUGUUAUGCCUUCUUUUCCUCUAUCCCCCCCUUUUGCCUUCAAUCUAUGUAUGUUAUGCCUUCUUUUCCUCUAUCCCCCCACCUUUGCCUUCAAUCUAUGUUUAUGCCUUCUUUUCCUCUAUCCCCCCCUUUUGCCUUCAAUCUCUGUAA